GAGCAGCUGAAAAAAUGAAACGUCAGAUUUGAUUAAUUUCUCUUUUGCUCGAGUGUUUGAAAACACUCUGGGGGAUUCAAACAGAAUAUCACGUGUUCAAUCAUAGUUCGGUGUGCUCGUCAGAGGAAACCCUCAAAGCAGAUCAGGAUUUAAAAUCCAGGCACAGACCUUGCGAUCCUUUUCAGCCUCGUACAGCUUGUCGCUCCACGGAGUGCAUCAUUCCCCUGCUCUACUGUCUCCAGAUCUGCGCACACGUUUCCACUCUGGGCUGUAUCACCGAAGAAUCGACAACUUGGUAGCAUCCCUUUACUCAACCACUCAUAUGGCACCUAUUCGUUGCCAAUCAGAUAGCCAGACUCGCCAAUUACAAGAGGACGAAUGCGUCACUACCGUUGUGAAAUUUAUGUUACUAUCUGAAAUUCAUUUCGAGAGCUAACUCCAUUCACUACUCGAGAGAGUUCAUGGUGGAUGCCACUAACAUAGGUCAAGAAGAUGUACCGAUAUCCACCGACUCGGGUGUGCAACACGACUUUGUCCUUCUGCGGCAAUGACAACAACUCAGCAGCCUACAAUGUGGACCGCGGGGUGCUGAACAAUGGAUGCUUCCUGGACGCCCUCGGACUGGUGCCGCAUGUCUUCCUGUUCUUCAGCACCUUCCCUAUCCUCUUCAUCGGCUGGGGCAGUCAGAGCUCAAAGGUCCAUAUCCACCACAGCACCUGGCUGCACUUUCCCGGACACAACCUGCGCUGGCUGCUCACAUUCAUGCUGCUCUUCGUGCUGGUGUGUGAGAUCGCGGAGGGCAUCGUGUCAGAUGGGUUCAGUCAAUCUCGUCACCUGCAUCUGUACAUGCAGCCAGGCCUGGCCUUCCUAGCGGCGAUCACAUCAAUCAUCUACUACCACAACAUUGAAACUUCCAACUUUCCCAAACUACUCUUUGCCUUGCUCAUCUACUGGAUCUUAGCUUUUGUCACUAAAACCAUCAAGUUCGGUAAGUACGACGCGCAUGGCAUUGGCCUGGGGCAGCUGCGCUUCUGCCUCACUGGGUUGCUGGCCCUCAUCUACGGGCUGCUGCUGGCUGUGGAGGUCAAUGUUGUCCUGGGCAGGCGGUACAUGUGUUUCAACCAGCCCCCAGAGGUAAAGCCCCCAGAUGACCUGCAGGAUCUGGGUGUGCGCUACCUGCAGCCCUUCGUAAACCUGCUGUCCAAGGGCACCUACUGGUGGAUGAACAAGUUCAUCACCUCUGCACACAAACGGCCCAUCGACCUAAAGAUCAUCGGAAAGCUUCCCAUCGCCAUGCGUGCUAUCACCAAUUACCAGCGACUCCGCAAGGCAUUCGAUACUCAAAAGAAAGAGGGCACUACUGUCCCCCGUGGCCCCCGGUGGAUCUGGAGGGCAAUGCAGCAGGCUUUUGGGAGGUCCCUGCUCCUGAGCAUCACCUUCCGCUUCAUAGCUGACCUGCUGGGCUUCGCCGGGCCUCUGUGCAUCUCUGGCAUCGUCCACCACAUAAGCAGGGAGAAUCACACCAUCCAGGAUCCCGUCAAACUGCUGGGGGUCCACUUCAUCUCCUCCCAGGCGUUCUUGGCCAAUGCGUACGUCUUGGCUGUCCUGCUGUUUCUAGCCCUGCUACUGCAGAGAACCUUCUUACAGGCAUCCUACUAUGUCGCCAUAGAAACAGGAAUUAAACUCAGAGGGGCUAUGCAGGCAAAAAUCUACAACAAGAUUAUGCGUCUCUGCACGUCUAACUUGUCCAUGGGAGACAUGACAGCGGGACAGAUUACUAACCUGGUCGCCAUAGACUCCAACCAGCUGAUGUGGUUCUUUUUCCUCUGCCCCAAUCUGUGCGCCAUGCCAGUUCAAGUGGUCAUCGGCGUAUUCCUCCUCUACUACCUCCUGGGGGUCAGUGCGCUGAUAGGAGCCACGGUCAUCAUGCUGCUGGCCCCUGUGCAGUACCUGCUGGCCACCCAGCUCUCCCGGGCGCAGAAAAGCACCUUUGAACACACCAGUGAGCGACUGAAGAGGACCAACGAGCUGCUGCGAGGAAUCAAAAUGCUGAAGCUGUAUGCCUGGGAGCACAUCUUCAGGGAUAGCAUCGAGGAGACGCGGACGAAGGAGCUUACCAGCCUCAGAGCCUUUGCGAUCCACACCUCGGUGUCCAUUUUCCUGAAUGCAGCCAUUCCAAUUGUUGCAGUUCUUACAACAUUUUUGGUCCACGUCUACAUUUCCACCAACAACGAGCUGUCGCCUGACGUGGCGUUCGCCUCCCUGUCCCUCUUCCAUAUCCUGGUCACACCCCUCUUCCUGCUCUCCAGUGUCCUGCGGUCCACAGUCAAAGCCCUGGUCAGUGUUCAGAAACUCAGUGAAUUCUUCUGCGGUGAAGAGAUUGAAACAGAGCCAGAGCCCAAGACCCCCACUCCAACUACAUCCAGUAACCCAAGCAACAUCAAGUCAGUAUACCUGUGUCAGCUCCAGGCCAAAAACCUGUUGAACCGCAAGCACAAUGCAAAGAAAGAUCACAACAAUGCCCCGGCCAAGAAGAGCCCUGAGGAGGAGCCACCCACUGUCCAGGAGGACAACAUCUGUAUUAAGAUUAUAAAUGGUUAUUUCUCCUGGACACAGGGAACCCCUACCUUGUCUAACAUUGACAUCAAGGUUCCUAUUGGUCAGUUGACCAUGGUUGUGGGGCAGGUUGGCUGUGGGAAGUCCUCUCUGCUGCUGGCAGCUCUGGGAGAGAUGCAGAUGAUUUCAGGCAGUGUCACCUGGAACUGUCAGCGCAAACAGGAGGAUGGAGAGGAGAGCAAUGAAAACCCCACAGCAGGAAAACCAUCUAGGAAGAGAGGCUCAGUGGCCUAUGCUUCCCAGAGGCCCUGGCUGCUCAACAGCACUGUGGAGGAGAAUGUUCUUUUUGAUACAGCCCCUAACCAGACAAGGUAUAGAGAUGUAGUGGAUGCGUGCUCUUUGCAGCCAGAUUUUGAUUCUCUGCCACAAGGGGACCAAACAGUGAUUGGAGAGCAGGGCAUCAUUCUCUCAGGUGGGCAGCGCCAGCGCAUCAGUGUGGCUCGAGCUCUUUACCAGCAGACCGGCGUGGUGUUUCUGGAUGACCCUUUCUCAUCCCUGGACAUCCACCUGAGUGACCACCUGAUGAUGCAGGGCAUCCUGAGGAUGUUGAAGGGAGAGAAGAGGACAGUGGUGCUGGUCACCCACAAGCUCCAUUAUCUGCCCAAUGCAGACUGGAUCAUUGCAAUGAAAGAUGGAACAGUGCAGACCCAAGGCACCCUGAGAGAUAUCCAAUGCUCAGAGCCUGAACUGUAUGAACAGUGGAGAACUCUCAUGUACAGAGAGGAGGCUGGGAAGAAAAGUACCACUGAGAUGAGGAAGAAAAGCUUCCGGAGAAACAUGUACUCCAGAGACAUACAGACCAGAGACGAGGAAGAGGAUGAAGAGUCCGUGACGGACGAGGACAGCCUGGCAGCGGAGCUGCGUCGCCGGGAGACCAUCCCGUGGCGCUCCUUCAGCACGUACCUGCACUCGGGCGGCUUCCUGCUGCUGCUGCUCUUCGUCCUGUCGCAGCUCGCCAAGCACACGCUCAUGGUGGCCAUCGACUACUGGCUGGCCCACUGGACGUCCAGCUUCAUUGUGGUCAAGCUCAGCAUCGCCGAGGGCAACUGCACGUCCGAGCAGGCAUGCACUUUCGCUCACUCAUACUACCUGCUGGUGUUCUGCAUCCUCUGCUGUCUGUGUAUAGUCCUAUGUCUGGUCACCUCAGUGGCCGUCGAGUGGACAGGGCUGCGCGUUGCCACGGAGCUGCAUGGCAACCUGCUUAAAGCAAUCAUACUGGCCCCAAUGAGGCUUUUUGAGACGACUCCUUUGGGUAACAUAUUAAAUAGGUUCUCCGCUGAUACCAACACUAUUGACCAGCACAUCCCCACCACCCUGGAGUGUCUGAGCCGCUCGGCGCUGCUGUGCGUGUCCGCUAUCGGGGUCAUCGCCUACAUCACGCCGGUCCUCCUCAUCGCGCUCGUCCCCCUGGGCAUCAUCUGCUACUUCAUACAGAAGUACUUCAGAGUGGCCUCCAGGGAUCUUCAGCAACUGGAGGAAAGCACCCAGAUUCCUUUGCUGUCUCACUUCUCUGAGACUGUGGAGGGACUCACCACUAUCCGCGCAUUCAGGUAUGAACAAAGGUUCAAGAAGAAACUACUAGAAUAUGCAGAUGGGAACAACAUUGCCUCCCUCUUCCUGACAGCAGCCAAUCGUUGGCUGGAGGUUCGCAUGGAGUAUAUUGGGGCUUUUGUUGUUCUGAUAGCUGCGGUGGCUUCCAUUAGUCAGUCCCUCAAUAGCCUUCUCACUGCGGGUCAGGUUGGGUUAGCCCUGACAUACGCACUUAUGGUGUCCAAUUACCUCAACUGGAUGGUGCGUAACUUGGCAGACAUGGAGGUGCAGCUGGGCUGUGUGAAGAGGAUCAGCAGCCUGUUGCAGAUCGAGCCUGAGUGCAACCAGGGAGUUAUGACACCAGCACAGGUACCUGCUAAGUGGCCACAGUAUGGUGAGAUAAACAUCGAGAACCUGAGUGUGCGCUAUGCCAAUGGACUAAAGCCAGUCCUGAAGCAUGUCAAUGCUCACAUCAGACCUGGUCAAAAGGUUGGGAUAUGUGGCAGAACAGGAAGUGGAAAGUCCUCUUUCUCUCUGGCUCUGUUCCGAAUGGUUGAUACAUUUGAAGGGCAAAUUAUCGUAGAUGGGAUCAACAUAGCUAAGCUCCCUCUCCAGACCCUGAGAUCACGCUUUUCAAUCAUUCUGCAGGAUCCUUUCAUGUUCAGUGGAACUAUUCGGUUUAAUUUAGACCCUGAGCGGAGGGCCUCAGACAGAACUCUGUGGGAGGCUCUGGAAAUCGCCCAGCUCAUGCCAGUGGUUAAGGCUCUGCCUGGUGGGCUUGAUGCAACCGUAACAGAAGGAGGAGAAAACUUCAGUCAGGGUCAGCGCCAGCUGUUCUGUCUCGCACGAGCAUUUGUGCGAAAGAGCAGCAUCUUGAUCAUGGAUGAGGCCACUGCUUCAAUAGACAUGGCCACGGAAAGCAUUCUGCAGAAAGUAGUCAUGACAGCCUUCGCAGAUAGGACUGUCGUCACCAUAGCGCAUCGCGUCAACACCAUACUGAGUUCUGAUGUGGUAAUUGUGAUGAAGCGCGGAGUCAUUUUGGAAUACGAUGAGCCUGGUGUUCUUUUGCAAGAGACAGACAGUAUAUUUGCAUCUUUUGUGAGGGCCGACAAAUAAGGGGAAAGAGGGCAUGUUUUUUUUUUUUUUUUAAGAUUGUGUAAAUUUGUUGAUAAUUUGUAUAUUCGUGCUAAUAAAACAUAUUUUUUCUUUACAAAA